AGGUUAGUGUACUUGCACAACUGUUUAGAAAAGUGUGAGUGAUCUGCCAGACAGUGCACUCACUUUGUACUCUCCUGGAUGUCUUCUGAUCCACUGCCAUCAUGAACCCAAAGCUCCUCUUCUUUUGCCUCUUCCUAGCAGUGCUCCUCAUACCUGCAGAACUGAAACAUGACAAGCACAAGAACCGUCAUGAGCAUGGGCAUCCUGAGCAUCCUAAACAUAAAAAAAUAGGAAGAUUUAAGGACAUAAUUGAAGACGCCUUCUUUGAGAUCAUAGACAGAGUUGGUGAUAGUGAUGAUGACGAUGACGAUGACCAAAGUAAUUCAGACUGGCUUUUUGAACUUCAAGAGCCAGAAGGCCAAUGCAAUCCAAACCCUUGCCAGAACAAUGGAGUGUGUGAGCAGAAAGGCAAGAGAAGAUUCAAAUGUGAUUGUCCCAGGCCUUACAAGGGAAAGAGAUGCGAGAGAGGUCCUAAAAUUUGUCGAAAGGGUACAUGCGGGCGUGGUGAAUGCGUGCUGACCUUAACUCACCCGUUCUAUCAGUGCAAAUGCAAGUUGCCCUUCCAGCCUCCACACUGCACAAGUUUUUCACUGUGUGAGCCUAAUCCAUGUAGGAAUGGAGGAAUAUGCAUCAAGGAUGGUAAUGACUUUCUCUGCCAGUGCCCUCAAGGGUACAGAGGACAUUUUUGCCAUGUUGCCCCAGGUGACUGCUAUGUGGAUGAUGGAGAGUCAUAUAGGGGCAAUGUCACUGAGACAGAUGACGGCUAUGAAUGCCUGUACUGGAACUCUCACCUCGUCCUGGAGAAAGGAGCUGAUCGCAAGUCCUUUGAGAACAAAGAUGGACUUGGGCCUCACAACUUCUGCAGAAACCCAGACGGAGAAAGGAUGCCCUGGUGUUUCUUCAGACGAGGCCACAGGUUGCUGUGGGACUACUGUGAUGUCACAAAGUGUCCUAAACCGACAGGUAUUGCGCCAACAGAAGUUGUCCCUACAAACCCUGAUCCCACUUCUCUCCAGCCCGAACCUACGAAACCUGAAUCUACAGCAACCACAAGGCCAGCAACUUCCACUCUCCCAACGACUGAGAAUCCCACCCAGGUUCCACAACCUUCUUUUGCACCUACUGAUGUUCCUUUCCUCCCCGAUCCCACCACUUCACCGCUACAGUUCACCAUGUGUGGGAUGCCACAGCCGAAAAAGCCCAUUACCCGAAUCUUUGGGGGUCUGAAGGUCGCUCCUGGGGCUUUACCCUGGCAGGUUUCCUUGCAAGUAAGACCAAAGAACUCCAACCAGGCAUUCAGACACACGUGUGGAGGAGUUCUCAUCGCAAGCUGCUGGGUACUGACAGCUGGACACUGCAUUGAUCAAAAGAAGGACAUGAAGGUGGUUAUGGGGAGUCUGUCACUGAAUACGGACGAGUCAGCAAGGCAAACAAUAAAAGUGGAAGAGGCUAUUCUACAUGAGAACUACAGGGAGACUACUAAAGCGGUUUACAAUGAUAUAGCCUUGUUGAGGUUGAACGGCACUGAUGGAGUUUGUGCCAAUGAGACCCAGUUUGUGAAGACAGCCUGUCUGCCUGAUGCCCAACUGCCUGAUGGGAUGGAGUGUACCAUUUCCGGAUGGGGUGCCACUGAGGAAUCUGACUAUGGCUCCAACAACCUGUUGGAAGCUAAUGUACUGCUAAUCAACCAACAAAAGUGCUCUGAACCCGCUAUUUAUGGCAGAGUCCUGGAUAAUACUAUGUUCUGUGCUGGCCACCUGCAGGGAGGGGUGGAUUCCUGCCAGGGUGACUCUGGAGGACCACUGACUUGUAACCCGAACAAUACCCAUGUAAUUUAUGGUCUGGUGAGUUGGGGAGACCAAUGUGGAAGGAAGAACAAGCCUGGGGUCUACACAAGGGUCACUCACUUCCUGGACUGGAUCAAGUCAAAGACUCAAGCAGCAUCUCCAUAAUCAUUUCUGUUACUCAGCAACAUGCCAACCAGUGUAGCUAAGGACUUGGUUAUUAUGCAAGUCUUUUGCAAGCCUAUCAUGAUUUAGCUUUUACAUUUUGUGCAGUUUUAUCUGGUAUAUCCGUUUUCAUGUCUACAACAUUGUUUUAAAUUCAAAUGCUACUUAAAACUGACGAAGCAUUUUGAUCAAAUUGUGCUGUCAGAAGCUUCCAAAACCAUAUAUUAAAAAUGACACACAUAAGCAGUCACACAUAAAGUUUGACUGCUCAGCCCUGUUGUCUUAUUAAAGAAGCAUUUCUCAGUGUUCUCUCAGCAGGAAUUGCAUUAUAAUUGUAGUGUGGUGGGAGAUAAAUAUAAGAAAGCAGAUGCAUCAUCAUUCUUUGGAAAAGAAAUGGGUCAAAUGCAUCACUGAUAUCGAAUGAUGGACAAAGCAUACAGAUCCUUUACCUAAGUAGAAGUACUAAUACCACAAUGUAAGAAAUACUCUCUUAUAAGUAAAAGUACUGCACUGAAAAUCUUACUUAAUUAAAAGUAUGUACGUCUGAUCAGGAAAAUGUACUUAAAAUAUUAAAGUAAGUACUCAGUACAGAAAUGCAGAACACUGUCCCCUGUGACUUUUGUAUGAGUAUAUAUUACAUCAUGAGAUUAUUAUUCCCCGUGCAUUUGUGUAAAAGCUGUAGGUGUUGAAAUGGAGCUCAUUUUGAACUAUUUUGUAUGGGACUGCAACAAAUAAUUAUUUUCAUUGUGAAUUAUUCUGCUGAUUAUUUUCUCCAUUAAUCGACUGAUUUUUGUGAACAUUCUGAAAACAGUGAGAAAUGCCAUCACAGUUACGCAGAACCCAAAGUGACACCUUCAUAAUGCUUCUUUUGUUCAACCAACAGCCCAAACCUCAACAUUGUUCACACUACAUUCAAAUAAUUAAAUAAUUAAAAAGAAAAGCAGCAAAUCUUCACGUUUGUGAAGCUGGAACCAUGAAAUGUUUUUGCAUUAAAAAUGACUGAACGAACAAAACAAUUGCCAAUUAACUUUCUGUCAACCCAUUCAUUGUUUUUGCUGUACUUAUUAGUUUAAUUUAUAACAAAAUGGAGAUGGAGAUGUAGGGGAGUAUAGGUAGAAAGUGGCAUGAAAAUAAAAUUCUCAAGUAAAGUUCA